UUUGAACAGGCAAACGACACGGACAGCCUACCGUUAAGGCGGUAGACUCAAACUGAGGCGAGGGAAACGUCUUUGCUGGAAGAAAAAGAGUCUAGUUUGUCUUAAUCAUCAAAGUUUGGUUUUUUUUCAUCAUGAAAACGUCUAAGGCAGCACCACAGAGCUCCUCUCAGGAAGAAUGUGGAGUUUGGUUGGACACGGUGCAGCUGAAAGAAAAGGUUAAACAGAAACGACUUGCCCCUCCUAUCUCUAAACUGUUGAAUCCCUUGACUGAAGGUGGUGGUUACAGGUUGGCUGUAGCGCUCAACUUCACUCAGACUAAAAUGGAAAUGCCAAAGACUAAACAGAGCUCCAUAUCAGCUUUUUUCACACCGAAACAAAAAGUUCUCCGCAAGCUGUCUUCCACCGAAGCGCCAACCCCGGAUCCAGCACGGCCCUCGUCACCGUCCACCACAACCGAACCCUCGACUGUGUCAUCUUUGAGAAAACGAACACGUGAAUCGUCUAAUUCCGAUUUGGAAAAGGAAGAUAUGGCAGAGACCAAAGCGACAGCACGACAGGAUGAAAGAAGCUCCCGUUCAGCUUUACUGAAGCGUGAAUCUGUAGAGUGGAAACUUCCUCCAUGCAAGAGGAGGCCCCAUGAGCCCUCGCUGUUGCCAAAUGACAGUCAAACCUCUCUGCAGCCAUGGAGUCGGGGCUCUCUGCUCACCUGUAGCGAGGACUCUGAGGAGCUCAGCAGUGAUGGGUCAAGUUUUCUAGACGGUGUUCAAAAUUCAGAGGGUUUUGCAAAUCUGAUAGACGAGAGAGGAAAAACGUCGACUCAGAAACCUGCUGAAAACUACUCUCCUAUAAAAGAUGAGAAAGAAAACAGCAGAUUAGUCUCCUAUAAGUCGCCAAGUAAAUGUAUUUCCCUGUCCCAUCUUGGAACCCUGUCAAAUCGUAAGUGGGCAGAACUGAAAAACACUUCACCACAAAAACAACCGGAGCACUCGGGGAACCAUCUUGUGAAAGGAGGACACUUUAACUUGUCGUGGAGAAGAAGCUCUCCUUUUAAGAAACAGCAGAAAUGCAGCGAAGCAGACGAGGCCAGCUUGGCUACGUUGUUCACUCAGGACUCGGAGGGCUUCAGGGUGAUAGCGCAUCGGGGUCUCCAGACCAGGAGCCCGCUCAAAGAUCAGAGCAACCUGAGUACUGGCUCGGUGAGAAGUUGUGCUUACAAGCCUGUGGUGAAGGAGGAGGAGGAAGAGGAUGAAAUGCUCUUCACCCAAGACUCUCAGGGAAACAUGGUGAUCAAACACUGAAGCAAUGCUUUGUGUCCAUUGUUGACUAUUCUUUUCCCCUGGAUUUUUUUGCAGGUUUUUUUUUUUUUUUU